UUUUUAUCUUAAACAAAUUUUACCUUAUAUACAUUUUUAUUUAUGGUUAAAAGGGCCUUAAACUUAAAAGUGUAUUAUGGCCAAAAACGAACAACAAAUUGUAAACUAAUUUAAAAUGAUAUGGCUAGAGAAAGUAUAACGGAAAACAAUUGCAAAUUUUCCACUUAUAUGCCAAUUUUCCACCGCACCAUUCUACAUCCACACAUACAGACAUACAUACAUACACAUUUGAAUAAAUUGCGAUCGAAGGGCUUUCGGUCAAUCGAAAUGAAUGAAGCUCGGCCUGAAAACGGAGAAAAGCAAAAGCAACGGCCAAUAAUUAAGUCAAUUACUGAAAAACAUAUAUACUGAGCUGCGCUGCAGCAGAACAGUCGGCGUCGGCGUCCACUGGAGCUCGACUUUUGCGCCGAUUGUUGUUUUUGCCGAGAGGUUGCUGCUCGGCAAGCCGCAAAUCGCGAAUCCAGUUUCUUCUUCGCUUCUUCACUUAUUCGCACGGCAGACGCAGCUCCAUCGCCAUCGCCGAGCGCAGAAAUUGCGGAUAAAAAAGAAAGAAAAGGAGCGAAGCUUUGUGAAGAGGGGAAAGCGCUGAAGAAUUUCAAUUCAUUGCAUCAAAAUCUCCUUGCUGAUCGUAUGUGAUCUUAAUCUGAUGGAGCUGGCUCUUAAUAAAUCAUCGUCCUGUGUGGACUGUUGCAAUGACUGUAACAUUAUGUCCUGCUGCUCUGCCGCUGCCUGCUGCGACGCUAGCUGCGAAGCCAGUUGCGGACUAAUCCCUCCCGAUCCUGUCAAGUAUGAAUACCAGGAACCCGAGGAAAACUUUGUCUCCAUAGAUGAUGUGAAGAUCAAGGGCUUUCUUUUGAGGAUCGGACAGCAGCAGCAAGAAAAGGAAUUGGAAAUCAGAAGAAUUAAGGAUCAGGAAAAGGCAAAAAGGGAGCAGGAAAGAAAGGAGGAAGAGGCCCGUAAAUACCAAGAGGUAAUCGAAUUGGAUGAAGAGGAGGUGACACCAGCAAAAGGCUUGAUCAUCAGCGCAGCCAGGAGCUUAGCACAGUGGAACUCUUCCAUAAGAAGGAUAUCCCCAGACAUCGAACUUAUUCCCAAACCAGAACAUAGGAUCGUAGCACAGAUCGAGUUGAGCGACAGUGAUCAGGACGCAAAUAGCGAAGGAGAAGAAGAUGUGGCUCUACCAUUAAACACGGUAUCUUGUGUUUUAAGCGAGCAGAAUCAGAGGGAGGCACGAAAUCCUAACCCCCAGGAGCAUGUGAUUGUUCUGCACUCCGACCAAGAACAAGAUGAACCCGAGCCAGAACAAGUAAUCAGAAAGAAACCGUCUUCGUCGAAGAGAUCGGCGAAAAAACGUCCUUAUGUAAAUAGAAGAGGACGUCAUCUGUACGCUUGUCCUGACUGCGGGAAGAAAGUGCAAUCUAAUUAUAAUCUUAGACGUCAUAUGAUGAUACAUACAGGUGAAAGGCCCUUUCCUUGUGAUCUUUGCGAGCGUCGUUUUAGGGAGUUCAGCGAUCUUAAAAAGCAUCGUCGGAGACACUCACAUGAUCCUCGAUUCAUCUGCAUGAUCUGCCAUUUGGGACAACCUUUGGAGCAGGACUCCACUAGGUGUGCCGAAUGUGAGAGCAAGAAUCUAAUGGUGAAACCCCAAGCUGAGGAACUGGGCGAUAAAACAGUGGAGGAGCAGGCAGAAGAAAUGGAACAAGACGAAGAGGAUCCGGAGGAGGAAGAUGAGCCCGAAGAGGAGGAGCAACCGCUUCCUGUACUACCACCUACUUUGAUGGUUACUCUAAUACGACCAAUUCAAUCGCCUCCAGAAAGGGUUGCACAAACCACCAACCAGCCAAGUCGUCCGCCACUUCCUCGCAGCUGCAGUAGUGCCAACUCCUCAUCUUCCUUGAGCAACGAUGGAAACACGUUUGGAAAGCCCAACAACCGUAGUCGCCGGUCUUAUCCCUGCCCUUUGUGUCAUCGUCCAUUUGGAACUCGUCACAAUCUUAAACGCCACUAUAUGAUCCAUACUGGAGAAAAGCCAUUUAGCUGCUCCAAGUGCAGAAAACCCUUCAGAGAGUGCUCCACCCUGAAAAAGCACAUGGUCACUCAUGUCAGAGAUCGCUGGUACAAGUGCCUUAGGUGUCCCUCGAAAUAUAGGGACUAUCUGGAGUACGCUGAUCACAAAACCAGUCAUCUGGAGCAGCUGGGUAGCCGAAAAUCAUCAACCAACGAAAGCGAGGAUGAUGGCGAGAGUUCUGUAGAGGAUGGUCUGGAAUGCUGCGAGUGUCAGCAGAGAUUUACCGAUCUAGAUGCUUACACGGCUCAUCUCAAGCAGCACGACUUGGAAUUGUACGGAAUGAGUGUGGAUGAUGUUGUAGACGAGGAGCAAGAAGACGUAGAUGUGGCAUAAUUUAAAUUUAUAUGUAAGAUUUUUAAAAGAA